AUGGAAGAAAGCGACGACUUCAUCGUCCUCGGCCCCGCUGAGGAGAACGCGAACUGCCUGCCGUGGAGAACUUCAGGACACAGAGAAAAACCCCUCUUCUCUUCCUCUUCCUCUUCUUUCUCUUCCUUCGCUGUCGGGCGCGAGGCGACGGUCUUGGCACGCAUAUGGCGCCGACGGCUGAAGGCGCCGCGCUGCUCUCCUCAGCAGCCAGAAGGCGAAGGGAGAAAGGCGAGGAGUGAAGAAGACGGAAAACACGAAGCGGACAGAGACCAAGGCGAGGAUGCGAAAGAAGAACUGAGUGAGGGAACGGGUGACGAAUGGGAACCGAGAGGCGGCGAGCAUCGUUUGCUUCUUCUUCGAGGAAAGUUGAAGGGGCCUUCUCUGGACGGCAUUACACCGACUCGCGAACUUCACUUGAAGGAGUUCUGGGCAGACGAGCAAUGCGUGCAUUUUCUGGCCUUCCUGCCUCCCAACAGCGUCAUGCUCUGUAACCUCGAUUUCAAACUCCAGCUCCUCUGUGCCUCGGAUGCUGCCGCCGACAAAAUCCUCACCCUCACACGGCGUCCUCCAUCUUCUUUUUCUUCAUCCUCUUCUUUUUCUCCAUCCUUUCCUUCCUCUUCAUCAUCUUCUUCCUCUUCAUCAUCUUCUUCCUCUUCAUCAUCUUCUUCCUCUUCAUCAUCUUCUUCCUCUUCAUCAUAUUCUUCCUCUUCAUCAUCUUCUUCCUCUUCAUCAUCUUCUUCCACUUCAUCUUCUUCCUCUUCUUCCUAUUCGUGCUCGGAUAACGAUGAGGAAGUGUGUAGCGUUGUUGAGAUUUUUCCUGUGGUGGGGGGUGAAACAGAGGCGACAGAAGGCGAGAGCGGACGCGAAAAGACCGAGGGAGAAGAGGGAGAUAGACGAGGAGAGACGGGCGGCCGGGGAGCGAGGAAGAGGAAGCUCUUGCGCCCCUCGCCUUCGGAUGGAGACGACGCAGAGGACGCACCAGCCUCCCCAGAAAAGAAGCGAACGCGACCAAGUACUGCAUCUCCACUGCUUUCACCCUUUUCGUCUUCCUCGACAGCUCAAUUUCCCUCUUCUUCGUCCUCUUCUUCGUCUCCUUGCUACCCUGUCUCUUCUGUGUUCACAUGUUCUUCUCCAAGCUCUGAGAUUCCGGUUAAGGCGGACGUAAGCAGCCUCGCCCUCCAGGACACUGCAGAGCUUCGCCCCCAAGGCGAGCGUCCAGGGUGCGGAGGCGACAGGCAGGAGAGAGGAACGAAAGCCCACAAGGGACCAAGUCGAACCGAGGGUGAAUCUUCUCUAGACAGGAAGUGCAACAUCCUGGUAAUUGACAGUGGAGAUGAACACGUGCCUCCAGUUUGUAACAGUGACAAGAACGAGAGACACUCCAAUGAGAGCUGCUCAUCUUCUCUCUCUUCCGCUUCUCUCUCUGCCUCUUCCUCGCAAUCUUCGGUUCCGUCCUCUUCUCUCUCUUCCUCUUCCUCGCAGGCUUCGGUUUCUUCUCUCCUUGCGCCGUCUGCUUCUGACGCUCAGUGUCGUCUCUCUGCUUCCGCGUCUUCUCCCGUCUGUGCGCCUCCCUCGCCUUCCUCUCUUUCUGGCUACAGGGGCCUCAGCGCGUCUUUCCGUCCUCGGCGCGCCUUCGUUUCGCAUUUCGCAUGCACAGAGCGAAGCGCAGCGGGGCGUAGCGGGCUGAAGAAUCUGGGAAACACGUGCUACAUGAAUGCGGUCAUUCGUCUCCUUGUUUCCGCACACGACCUCACGCUCUCGCUGUUCUUUUUCGCCAAGUUUUUCGGCAGGCCCCGAAGCGACUGGGGCUCCGAGGCUUCGUCUGCUUGCGCGGCGCUUGAGAAGCGACAGCUAGUUGCCAAGUUCUUUCCUCGCGGGCCGAGCGUGGUUCCACAUCGGCCGCUUUUCAACGCCUACCUCAGCCUGGCCUUCCGUCUCCUUUCGGGAGACUGGAACGCAGCCGUCAAUCCCGGCCAUCUAAAAAAGUGCAUCGAUGCGUCGCUUCCGCUCUUUGUCGGAAACCAGCAACAGGCUCUGGACGCCGAAGUGUCUUCGUAUCUAUCGGAGAAACGACAGGAACUGCUUCGUCUCUUUGGCAAGGACGCACGGGCUCUGUCGCCGUCCGGCGGGGGCAGUCCCGCGUCCACAGUUGUUUCUCGGCUUUCCUCAGGGACAAAGCUCGAGGCGGAAAGAGCCCAGACGAGCGGAGAACGCGAGAGGGGAGACGCAGAGAAGUCCCCAAAGAAGGAGACGGCGAGAGAAGAGUGGAAAGACGCCGCGGCGGAGGCGGCGGACGCCGAGAAAGAGAACCACGCGGACGGCAACGCAGCGAGCGGGGUCUGUGGAACUCAGCUCUGUGCCGAGUCGCGACGCAUGCAAGAGGGAAACAAAACGAAGUUUCCUGCGCAAAAAGCCUCUCUGGAAGGACACGGCGCGGCGCAGGGAAAAGCGAGAGAAGAAAGAGAAGCAGCCAGAGAAGAUCGGCCACGAGAGGGGGGAGAAGAGCGGGAGAAGUUCCAGGGAGAAGGAGAACGCGGCUACAAAGAAAGUGACGAACGAAAAGGCCAAAAGAAAUUCGUGCAAGGCCCGGUCGCGCAUUUGAUGGGAGAGAAACUCCCGGCAACGCCUUUUUCGGAGUACUUUGAGAUGACAUUAAAACAAAUCAUUCAGUGUACAUCCUGCCUGCACAGGCGCGUUCGCUUCGAAGUACAGCGCUGUCUCUCACUGGACAUCACGCCGCCCACGCGAAUAUCUCUCGAAAAUUUCGAAGCAGAACCACUCGCUUCUUCCUUCUCGCCACGCGCCUCUUCUUCUCACCCCUCUUCGUCUUCGUUGUCUUCCCUGUCUCCUGCGGGGCGCCUGCUGAUGCUUCCGCAUCCUUCUCUGGGAGAUUUGUUGCGCUCUUUUUUCUCGUCGGCGACGCUCGACUACAGAUGUGAAGAGCGAGGCUGUGCAGGGCGGCAAGUCCAGAAAAUCUACCGGAUUUGCUCGCCGCCGAAAGUGUUGCUUCUCCACCUGAAGCGGUUCAUGACGCGGUCGCAGCUGCGCGACUACAAGGAGAGACUUCGCCGGGAGUUGCUGAGGGCGGGGGAAAAAGCGGUCGGCGGAUGCGAGAGAGAAACGGAUGAAUCGGAGCGGGGCGGGGCGGGGCACAGCGAGGAUCGCUCCGCUGUGAUGAAGCCGGAGAAAGACGCCUUCGACGAACAGUCUCUGCGCCUCGAGAAGGCGAAGCUGAAGGUGAGAGUCCCUCUCCGUCUCACGCUGCGGAAUUUCCUCGCCCGAGGCGGAGCGAGGGCGAGGAAGCCCCAAACGCGGGAAAAGUGCGAGAGAGAAGAGAGCUCGCCGAGGUCAAGGGCCGUCUUCCAGGGAAUGGAGAAACCUAUGCGAGAAACAUUCGAGGAACAGCAAGCUCAACCAGGACGAGAAGACAGAGGGGGAGAAGAGAGAAGGGGAGGCGAGAGAAAAGAGGGAAACGCGAGCGACAUGCGAGAGAAGGAAAAUGUACAUGGACGCCAGGGAGAAGGAGAGGAAGAGAAGGAAGAGGAAGGGAAGCACGGAGAUGCGAACCAUGCUAGGCAAGAAGCAGAGACACCUGAUCAGACCAUAUAUCGUCUCAAGGCCUUUGUGGCCCAUCGCGGCAACUCCCCCGACAGUGGGCAUUACGUCUGCUAUUCGCGAGACGGGGCCGCUGGCGAGAAUGGGGGCUGGACGUGUUGGAACGAUUCCGAAUCAACCAAGCUCGGCACAAGUCUCCCCGCAGAAGUUCACACGGAAGGCUACCUUCUGCUGUACGAACUCGAUUCCUCUCCUCACGACAGCCGCAUUGCGUGGAAGAAGGAAGUCGAGGCGUCACGAAGACUCGAAAGGAAGGCGUAA